AUGAGCUGUUUGGAUGUUAUGUACCCAGCCUAUGGACAUUACGCACCGUACGCACCGAGCGCUCCUGCCUUCAUCAACAGCUUACAGGCCCCCGCUGCUGUGACGCCCUCUCACUGCAGAGAUCGCAUGGACACCUCCAGGGGCCCCGACGGUCUGCCCGGGGGCCCAGGCGCUUCCUCCUCGUCCUCCUCCUCUUCCACCGCCUCCUCGCUGUCCUCCCCGGCCCCGUCCUCCUACACCCCCGCCGGCCCCAGGUCAGAGGAGGGCCCUAAAGACAAACCGGCGGGGGCCCCUGAAGCCGAGUACCUGAGCUCCAGAUGUGUGCUCUUCACGUACUACCAGGGGGACAUCAGCAGCGUGGUGGACCAGCAUUUCUCCAGGGCCCUCAGCUCCUACAUGGACGGAGAGGGCAAGAGGCGGGCCCCCGAGUCCCACGGAACAGACGCCGCGUCCCCCAGCGGCAGGCGGAGCUUCCCCCCUUCCUUCUGGGACAGUAACUACCCCUCCCCUCAGCCCCGGCCGCACUGUGACCCCGCCCCCUCGUACGCCGUGGACCCGUACGCCUCGGGACUGCACCCGGGCCUGUCCCACCCGCACCCGCACGCCCACCCGCACGCCCACCCGCACCCCCCGGAGAGCUGGGGCUACGCUCAGCCUCAGUACGGCCCCCCGAGGCCCCUGCACGAACUCUACUCCCCGUCGGCCCUCGAGCCGCACUACGGGCCCCUGCUGAUGCCCGCCGUCAGGCCGCCGCACCUGCCCGCCAUGCCCAGCCACUACGAGGUCAGCAAACUGGAGCCGCCCGGCACCUGGCCCAGCCUCCUGCCCGCGGGGGAGGUGGGACAGAGCCUCGCCCUCAACAUGGACACAGGCCUGCCGCAGCACAAGAAAGCCAAGGAGCUCUACUGGUUCUAACGAGGCCCGGACCACCAGCCAAUUAGCCCCCCCCGCCGCCUCCUCCUCCUCCCCCUCCAGAUGUGUGCGCCAUGGAGAUAAAGAGCCGCAUUACGCCCGUGUCACCGGAACAGACUUGGC